ACCAAGGCAAGUCUGAGUCAAGUAUAAAGGGAAUAACAUGGUGUCCCAGUGGCUGUUUAUGUUUACUUAAAGAACAGAUUUGAAAGGGCGUUUUGAAGACACCACGGAGUUUUCUUUGAAGUCACACUGUUUUUUGCACUUUUUUAGUUUUUUAUGUUAAGAUUUACAAGGCCAGUGGCAUGUAAAUCUCAUAUUUCACUAAUGUGCCAGUCUUACAAAUGGAAAGGGGGCUUCACUUUGGAAACGUGAGCAUUUCCCUGGUGCUCCUGCUGUUGCUGAAAGCGCUCAUCGGAUUCGGGACUUCGCAAGCUCAGGGCUCCGCCAUCGGGAGGGAGCCGCAGUCCGCCACCCGGAGUGCAGGUUCGACCUCGGAAGAAGAUGGUGCAAGAGUCAUGGAGCGGGGCUUGGAGAACAUAGGCGCCCCGGUCAUUGGAGCAGACGUUACCGUGGAGGACGACGACAACGGGUCGGCCGGGGAGGCCGAUGAAUCAUAUGGAGAAAGUAACGGAAACUUCCAACCGACCAGGUCUCUUGUAAUCAUCAGUACCCUGGAUGGGCGGAUCUCUGCUCUGGAUCCUCACAACCAGGGCAGGAAGCAAUGGGAUCUAGAUGUCGGCUCAGGGUGCCUGGUGUCCUCCAGCCUCAGCAAACCUGAGGUAUUUGGCAAUAAGAUGGUGAUUCCUUCACUGGACGGUGCCUUGUUCCAGUGGAACCGGGACAGAGAGAGUAUGGAGGCAGUGCCUUUCAGUGUGGAGUCCUUGCUGGAGUCGUCCUACCGUAUCGGAGAGGACACAGUCCUGGUCGGGGGCAAAUCCCUUACUACCUAUGGUCUGGGGGUCUACAGUGGCAAGCUGCGGUACAUCUGCUCUGCGGUGGGCUGCAGUCACUGGGGGGAUAACGAGAUUGAGACUGAAGAUGUGCUCCUGCUGCAGAGGACUCAGAAGACUGUGCGAGCCAUCAGGCCCCGAUCAGGGAUGGAGAAGUGGAACUUCAGUGUUGGGAACUUUGAGCUGAAGCUAGUCCCCGAGGCGCAGUCUGGAAUGAACUUCCUGGAAGGAGAAAUGGCGAAUGGUGAAGCCUGGAGGGAGAGUCAGCGGGUCAUCACUGAUGAGCCAAAAGAGAGGGAACAGACAGAGAGCCAGCAAAACCAGAACCAGAAUCUGGACCUUGUCAUCAAGGUGUCAGUUCCUGAUUGGAAGGUCAUGGCCUUCAGCAGCAAGCCUGAUGGACAGCUGGUGUGGGAGCGUCAGUUCUGCACACCAAUCGCCUCAGCCUGGCUGGUGGGUGGUGGUAAAGUCACGCCAAUCAGCCUGUUUGAUGACACUGCCUACAGCAACCAGUCAGAAACUGAUGAGGAGGAGGAGGAGGAGGAUCCGGAGAAGGCCAAAGGAGCUGCAGAGUCUAGCGUGUACUUAGGGAUGUUCCAGGGACAGCUCUACCUCCAGUCCUCUGUGAGGAUCACUGAAAAGUUCCCCUCCAAAGCUAUUGGAUCGGAGAAGAAUAUAAUUCCACUACCUACUGUGAAAUGGAAGCCUCUUAUCCAUUCUCCAUCUCGGACACCAGCCCUCGUUGGCUCUGAUGAAUUUGACAAGUGUCUGAAUAAUGACAAAUUCUCCCAUGAAGAAUACAGUAACGGAGCCCUGUCCAUCCUUCAGUAUCCAUAUGACAAUGGCUACUACUUCCCCUACAGCAAGCGUUACCGGGGGAAACGUGACAGUGCUGUGAGCCUGAUAAAUGGAAAUGGGGCAGGGGGAGACAGUCGCAGGAGAAAGGACCCUGUGCUGCUGUUGCCGUGGUGGAAGGAGAUCCUCGGCACCAUCGUCUUCUGCAUCGCUGCCACCACCUACAUCGUCCGCAAGUUCUUCCACCCUCCCGCCCCUGUAGCCUACGUGAGGCAACGGAAAGAAUCGGAGACACAGUGCCAGACAGACAGCAAGUUUGACCUUGAGGUUGUUGAAUCCAAAGAGCCGGUUGCCAUGGAGACCCGUUCCAGCGAAUAUGUGUCCAGGUAUCUAACUGACUUUGAGCCAGUGCAGUGCCUUGGCCGUGGGGGGUUCGGUGUCGUGUUUGAAGCCCGCAACAAAGUGGACGACUGCAACUACGCCAUCAAAAGAAUCCGUCUGCCCAACAGGGAGCUGGCCCGUGAGAAAGUGAUGCGAGAGGUGAAGGCCCUGGCCAAGCUUGAGCACCCUGGGAUUAUCCGCUACUUCAAUGCUUGGCAGGAGAGCCCUCCUGAGGGCUGGCAGGAGGAGAUGGACAAGAGGUGGCUGAAAGACGCCAGUACCACCGACUGGCCAAUGAGUUUCCUCGACAACAUGGAGGCGCUGUCAGUCAAAGUGCCAGUGUCCAGCUCCGUCUCACCUGUCUGUGGGCCUGGAGGAGAUGUUCUAGAGGCCUCCACUGAUGCAUGCGCCCUGCUCUCCAGCAGCGCCGGUGGUGCUUUAGGUUUUGGCGUUGAUGACGGAGACCUGUCCUUCUACCCGCUCCUGGGCCACGACAGCCUGAUGUCUGAGAGGGACAGCCAGGCUGACCCCGACGCCUCAGACACCCCCCACUCCUUCGAGCUGUGCCCCCCACGUGGCCCCAGUGACUGCACCUCCUCUUCCUUCGACAUAGUGUUCGAGGACUCGGGCUGUGACCGAGAUGCAGAGGCAGACACAGACUCGGCCUCUGGUGCAGCCAGUCCUGGCACCCUGACAGAGAAGAAUAGCUCGUCUUCCUCGCACACCAAACGACAGGAAUCUGUCCCGCCCUCGUCUUCUUCUCCCCCCCGGCCAACAUCACUUACAUUGGCUCUGCCCCCAACUCCUCCAACCCAACGAGUCCAGCCCUCCCCCAAGGUGUACCUGUACAUCCAGAUGCAGCUCUGUCGGAAGGAGAACCUGAAGGACUGGAUGGCUCAGCGCUGCCUCCCAGAGCAGAGGGAGCACAACCAGUGUCUGGAUAUCUUCCUCCAGAUCGCAGAGGCUGUCGACUUCCUGCACAGCAAGGGACUCAUGCACAGGGACCUCAAGCCCUCCAACAUCUUCUUCACCAUGGAUGAUGUGGUGAAGGUGGGAGACUUUGGCCUGGUCACGGCCAUGGACCAGGAGGAGGACGAUGACGAGCCGAGCGCCUUGACGCCAGCACCACUCCUUACCCGACACACAGGCCAGGUCGGCACUAAGCUCUACAUGAGCCCAGAGCAGCUCUCUGGAAACUCGUACUCCCAUAAAGUGGACAUUUACUCUCUGGGUCUGAUCCUGUUUGAGCUGCUGUAUCCUUUCAGGACCCAGAUGGAGAGAGUGAGGACACUGACAGAGGUGAGGGUGCUGCGCUUCCCAGAGGUUUUCUCCAAAAACAACGUUCAGGAGCUGAGUAUGGUGCGCAGCAUGCUGUCGUUGAGCCCGAGUGAGCGUCCUGAGGCAGCUGAGAUCACAGGGACUCCCCUCUUCCAGGAGCUGGAGCUGCCUUGCCGGCUGGCUGUGAGGCAGCGCUCCCGCACCUACAGCGCCUCGUCUAUGGGCCGCCCAUCGCGCCAGACAUCCGCUAACUGAAGAUCCUGUGACGCAAUAUUUAACCCCUGUCCCACAUUCUCCCUGUUUCCCUGUUAUCCCCCUGCUGGUCUGCAGUCCCAAGAGAAACACCUCAGCCCCCUGCCAUCACACACUGCCUCAGUCAGAAUCAUUUUAGAAGCUGAGUACAACAAAUGUGCAGGAAGUUAUCUCAGUGGCUUUAGAGCAGCAAGACAAAGUCCUGCACAGUUACGCUCCUUGGCAAAUACACAUGCCGUUACAUAUCCACUCACCAUUAUGCUGCCCAAAGUCCCAAUUUUAAUCACACUUACAAGUGAAAGAAUAUUUUAAAAGCGACAGCCGUUCUGUAAUGUUCACAACCAGACUUGGCUCAAGUGGUACUUGCAAAUAAUUCUUAGUGGUUAUUUUAAAUAGCUCUGAGUACCAGAUUGGCAGUGUUUACUGCAGCCAGUCAGCUCAGUGGAGACGAAGCUAUCAUCACAGAGCAUUAUACCUAAUUGAUUUUGAAAUAUUUACUUGUGAUGACUGGCAUUCUCUGCACUCUGACAUGGCAAACAUCUGGUACUUAAAGAAAAUUGACAGACAUACUAAGAGCUUCAGUAUGAUUUGAAUCUGGUCUGGUCACAUCACGCUGCUUGCUCUCAACAUUCAGCCAGUGUUCCUUCACUCACGCUACACCUCAGGUAUCAAAACCAAGAGGACACUCCAAAGGGGCCUUUGAUGCUUGAUCAUCCAAUCUACUAGUGACUAGUACUGAUCACUGGUAUGAGCACUAAUGGGUGUUUGGACACCCAAUAUGCCUGAUUUGGGAGACCAAAAAAAAAAAAAAGACCAUCUUUUUUCCUAUGUGUUUUUUUUUAAUGAGAGAAGGUGAUGUAUUGCGUAGAGAAGAGUUUAUGAAUCCAGUUCAACAGAUAUGAUUUGCCUUUAGAAAGGGGCCUACGGCCCCCUCUGGAUGAAUGCUGAGCCUCUGGCUCAUGUCUUUUUGCAUGUAUCUGAAAGGAAAGUGAAGGGGUGAGUGUGAGUUUGUAAUCUUAAAGCCAGUACUUGGACACAGUUUUUCUGUGUGUAAAUUUACACAAUGACUCUGAGGUGCUCAAUCAUUUUCCAACACCUCCUCUUUGCUCUCUGUACAUAAUCAAAGGGAAAACCUGUUUAUAUCUUUUUUCUUUGUUAAUUCAGAAGAUAAAUUUGAUCAAUCCUGUACAUAUUGUAAGGCGCCAUUGCUUGUAAAUGGCUUUUUCAUGAGACAACUGUAAGAUAGUGUGAUAUACUGUGGGAGAGGGAACAAAGAGGAGACGAUCUCUGCCAUUAAUGGAUAGCUGAAUGUUACAGUGUGACCUCCAGAGACAGAUGACGUUGGUCACCUCUUAUAGCUGUUUGAAAUUAUUCUCAGUGUUUUCACAUAUCUGGGGUACCAAGUGGAAGGGGUUUGCCCUGCUUUUAGCACGAGAGGAGAACCCGCAGUACCAGAGUGCCAUUUGAAAGUCAGUUAAGUGUACUUUUCUGUAACUGAUAACUCACCUCACAUUUUCGCAAUUGUGCUACUGUGCUCCAACCCCAUCCAGCUGGUGUUCCUGGUGAAGCACUCAAUACCAAGGUCUGCAGCUCUCCCAUGAUGCAGGAAAAAUAGCAUUUAGUGAAGAAGGCGAUACUGUUUUAACCCCCUCUAGACUGUCUACAGGGGACCUGGACCUGAUGUUGGUCAUAUGAUCCACAUAAGCAUUGUUUUAUGUAAAUAAGAAGUGCUGGGAGAGUACAUGACCUGUUUGUAACUACACACACUCAAACUGCUAAUUGUAAUGUGCUUUCAAUGAUUGUACUUUUUUAAGGAUCUUCUCUUUUUUUUAAAUAAGCGCAGUUUUUUGAUUAUUCUGCAGGGUUUUUUGAUUACUGUAAAGUCUUGACUGUGUCUGAUGCAGGAAGUCAAACUGAUGUUCGUUCAUCCAUCCACUCAGCCCACUGAUGAUGAGUCAUUCUUGUAAAAUUAUCAAUCCUCUCGUCAGAGUUUAAAACAUUCUGUACUCCCACCAUGAUAAAGGUUGGUACAGGAGAGUUUAGUUCCAUAGUGACGAAUCCUCAAGUUAAGAGGAAAAAUGUGAAAACUCAUGCUGCAAAUCCAGAAGUUACUUUUUGAAGGACAGUAUGUAGGUACUGUUACUUAAAUCUUUUGUUGACAAUGUGACACCUUUUGUAGAAUUUAUAUUUCAAAAGAAUUAAUUAAAGGAUUCAGGCUAAAUCCUUCUCUCCCACAAAAUUAGCAGAAAGGAUUUGGGAACUUGUUUUGUCCUCUAUCUUCUAAAAAUCAAUUCUUGAGUGAAUUGUGGUAUAAAGACUUUGUUUGUGGACGAUUUACAGCAGGAAAGAAGGAAACUUUCACAACUUAAAUCACCUACAGUAGUAAAUAGCUUGUCAUCAUAUACCGUUAAACUGAAAACAGCAUUAUUGACAGUAGUGUAUUAACGGAGGUUCUAGAGAUUUUGUUCUUUUAACUCAAACCAUGAAAAUGUUAUUAUACAGUAGGUUUUUCAUGCUUUGUUGAAUUGUGUUUAUCCUCCUUCCACUCCUGCUGUCCAGGUAUGUUUUUCCUGAGGAUAGUUGAAUUGAAAAAUCAGAUCCCUCUUAUCAAUCUCUAAUGCCUCUGUCUGGACAUGUAGUUGCGUGUUCUUGUGCACAAACCCAUUCUCUGUCCACGUUGAAUUGUAAAUAUGUUUAUUUGCUUUAUUUAUGUUUUGAUGUUCUGAUCAAUCCUUUUUGGGUUGGUGUUAUUAUGAAUGCACUUCAUGCGAUGGAGCGCGUUGGAAUAUGAUGACUUCUUACAAGUCUAAAUUUAAUAAACUGUUCUAUACCGUUUGUACA